CAUGGAAUAAAACAAACAUUUCUGUCGCCUAGAUGGGCGAGUGAAGCAGUGGUAGUAGUUAAGCGUGAUUGAGAGAAUGUAAGCACUGAGCAGAGAUCAGAGCAGCUUUUUGAAGGAAACGAGAAAAAAAAAAAAAAGAAUAGGAAGGCUUUAUUGCGCUGAUGAGCUUCAUUGAUAACUGCAGCCUUAGUUUACCGUUUUCAAGAUCUAUCUUCUAUCUAUUUCUCUAGCAUCGAAAAUUAUUUGAAUACCCUUUGCAAAUCUAAGUGGCCAUUUUUUUGUGUGUUAGAUGGAAUAAUCAGCUACCUACUCUUUUAUUUAUCUACUUCUUCUUCUUUACCAAAGCUGUGUGUGUGUGUGUUUGUUAAUAGUGGCCGUACAUGGCAAGUGGCAAUCAGAGAAUGAAGAAGAAGAUGGAAAAUCCACCAAGAAGCAUGUUGAGGCAUGUUCUUGUGGUUUCUCUGGCUUUGAAUGUCAGCUUCAUACUCAGAAUAAUGCUUUACCAAACUCAACAAACUCACCACAAAUCUCCUUUUUCUAUCUCUUCAUCAUCAUCAACAGCAGCAAGAAGAAGGUCAUUGGUUAAUUCAACUCGUUCGGAUCGUCCCCCAGACAAAGAGAGACUCAUUAAUCUCGACCAUGGAGAUCCUAGAAUGUAUGAAAGAUAUUGGAGAAAGAGAGGUGAGAAAACAAGUAUCACAAUUGCAGGGUGGGAGUCAAUGAGCUAUUUCUCGCAAGGAGAAAACAUUUGUUGGUUCAUGGAACCCGAGCUUGCUGAAGAGGUUGUGAGACUUCACAAUUUGGUUGGAAAUGCAGUGACACAAGGGCGCCAUAUUGUUGUUGGCACAGGCUCCUCUCAGCUCUUUCUUGCUGCUCUCUAUGCUUUGUCUCCCACUCAUCAUUCUCAUCAACCCAUUACUAUUGUCUCAGCACUACCCUAUUACUCGUCGUACCCAUCAAUGACAGAUUACCAGAAAUCGGGGCUAUACAAAUGGGGUGGAGAUGCAGAGACUUAUGAUGAUGAGAAAGAUGGUCCCUACAUAGAGCUGGUAACUUCACCAAAUAACCCUGAUGGAUACACAAGGGAAUCAGUGGUCAAGAACAAGAGGCAGGGAUUGUUUAUUCAUGACCUUGCUUAUUAUUGGCCUCAGUACACUCCCAUUUCAUACCCUUCAGAUCAUGACCUCACCCUUUUCACUCUCUCAAAAGCCACUGGUCAUUCUGGCACUCGCAUAGGAUGGGCGCUGGUUAAAGACUCUGUGGUGGCGAAGAAGAUGACGAAAUUUAUAGAGCUAAAUACAAUAGGUGUGUCUAAGGAUUCUCAACUGAGAGCUGCUAAGAUUUUGGAGGCAGUGUCUGACAGCUGUGAAGAAGAAGAAUCAUUCUUCAAGUAUAGCUAUGAAAUCAUGGCUCAUAGAUGGAGGAAAUUGAGAGCAGCAGUUGAGGGUAAUGCCUUAUUCACUCUGCCUAACUUUUCUCCUGCUUUCUGCAACUUCUUCAAUCACUACACUCAACCUCAACCAGCUUUUUUGUGGUUGAAGUGCGAGGGGUUAAUAGAGGAUUGCGCAAGCUUCCUUAGACAACACAAGAUCUUAUCAAGAAGUGGGGAGCGUUUUGGGGUUAGCCCAAAAUACGUUAGAAUUAGCAUGCUUGAUACAGAUGAAAAUUUCAUGGAGUUUAUAGAAAGGUUAUCUUCUAUACAUCUGUAAGAAUUAUGCAAAAUUCCUUCCUCAUCGUGUUAAAUAUAAAAUACAAAUGCAUUGACAACUUUUCAAAGCACUUGGAAAUUGACUUUCA